CCAAUCACAAUGUACGAGGGUCAGACGCUCGGUUCAGCCAUGUUGUGGUUUUGAAUAAGGAAGAAGCGGGAGAUGUUAUUCUUCAACGAGUUUAUUUGCAAUAUAUGGUUACGUUUAGGAUAUAUAAAUGAGUUAGGGUGCAACUCAAAAUGAUUUUCGUUUUCCUGAACGCGUCGGUUACGACUUAUAGCAUUGCUGUUGGAAUUUAAACAUACUUUCAUAAAUUAGCCGUGUAGCUAACAACGUUAGCUAGCUGGGUAGUUAGCCUAGUGUGCUAGUUAGACAGCUAGCUAAUUGUAAGCUAACUAGCAGGCGGUUUGGUAGUAUUCGUGGGAAAGUAAAAUGGUAUUUUUGAGGAGUGUUAGCUUUUGAAGCGGUCUUAUCUAACUUACCCGGUCCGAAAAAAAGCCCAUUAGCUUAAUUAGGUUUGACUGCAUUGGCAUUAAAGCUGUCUGAAAUCAGUGAUAACGGGUUGUGUUUAAACAUCGCCGUUAUUUCUAAAACUUUUGAGUCAUGUUGAAUAAAAUCUACGAAUGGUUAGAAACUAGCGUUGCCAAUCUUCGCAAUGAUGUACCAGCUGCGGAACAUCCACAUGCUCAACGCACAGCGAGAGAUGGUCAGAUGAGGAGGAAAAGACCAGUUGAAUGUUUGGAAGAUGGCCAUAAAAUCGACCAAGAUGGUUUGGUGAUAAAGAAAUCACGAAUGGGAGAUCUUAUUGAUACAGUCAAGAAUGCAGCUGAAGGGGUUAAGAAUCACAGCUCCAGUGUGGCUACAUGGAUGAAGAACAAUGUAAGUCCUACCUUGAGGAAUAUACUGCCUACCUCCCCUGGUUUGCCACCUGGAGAACCCCAUCCACGGCCCUCCACAUCAGCAGCAAUUUGGACAGGGAGGCCGAUUGUUGACAGGAAUUCUCAGAAUGAGACAUUUGCUGCUCCCUCAACAACUUUGGAGUGGAAAACAUCCAAAUCUGAGUGGUUGCGUAAUGAGAAGUCCAGUAUGGGAUCAAAAGUUUGUAGGCGACAAGUGUGCAUGAGUCCUGCACAUCGCGAGGUGCCAAAAACAAAUGGGCACUCGGUUAACUUGCCGCUUUCCAUCACCCCCAAAUGGCAGCCCCCUCCACGGCUGGGCAGGCCUUUAAGUCUCAGAAUGCAUGGAGCUCAAAGUUCAUUAGGUGGAGGAGGUGCAACAAGUAGCUCCUGUACCAGCAUGUAUGAAAAGACCUUUCCCAUCAAAGUGGUGCAGAGCCCAACGCACAGUACUUCAUCAGGCCGCUUACACAAGACCAGGCCCCGCUGCACAGCACAGGAGUCUGUUCGAGAGGAGGAGAAAGAGGUCUACAGGCAGCUUCUGACCAUGGUCUCAGCUGGUCAGUCGUCUUAUCUUCACAACGGCAGCUCACACACCAUUGUGAGGUCUCACAGAGAUUUCACCAGCUUCCUGACCACCAGCCGCAGACUGCUACAGUUCUCUCCUCCAACUGGCUCGGCAGUAGGAGAAACCUCAGAGGGGCCCAGCAGUCCUGGCAGCCCCAGGGAAAUUUCUAGCCAGUGCUCCAGCAACCUUCCUAGUCCACUGGGGGCCUCCAGCAAGCCAGGGAUCCAGACGUGGUCUCUGGACAUGGACCUGAGCUCCAGCAGAGGAGCUACUCUCACAUCAGCUCCUUCUCCAUCAGCUCUGCAGGAUAACUCUUCUCAGGACACACAGUCAUCAGCUCAUGAUGGCGACUCCGUAAUUAUUGUAAGUGAGCAAAAAAGUAGAGAGCAAGACAGCUCGAGUGUGCCAUGUUUCCAAGCUGAGUUAUGGAUCAAAGAAUUGACUAGUAUGUAUGACUCUCGGGCGAGGGAAAGACGGAGACAGAUAGAAGAGCAAGAAGCUCUAGCUGCACAGCUGCUGCGACAGCGCCUGUCUGACGAGGGGCAGCGUAGCCCAGACGUAGAGGUCCGUGUUCGAGUUCCUUUGGAGAAAGAGGUUCCUUUGACUCUUGUGAUAGAAGAGAAGCCUUUGGAAGAGAAACCAGAAUUCCCUGAACUUACAGAGGAAAUGGACGCUGAGGUGAACCGGGUGCUGAGAGGAGGUAACCCUCAUGAAGUGUUAAGUGAAGGUUUUGGUCUCAGCCUUACACGUAAAGACCUGCAAACCCUCAGCAAUCUCAACUGGCUCAAUGAUGAGGUGAUCAACUUUUACAUGAACCUGCUGGUCGAGCGCAGCAAGGAUUCCAACUUGCCAUCAGUCAAUACGUUCAACACUUUCUUCUAUCCCAAGCUGCGCAGCAGUGGCUACUCUGCUGUCCGUCGCUGGACCAAAAAGAUGGAUAUCUUCUCUAAAGACAUCCUGUUGGUUCCUGUCCACUUGGGGGUGCACUGGUGCCUUUCUGUGGUGGAUUUCCGCAAAAGGUCCAUUAUGUACUUUGAUUCUAUGGGAGGAAACAACGAUGAAGCGUGUGAAAUAUUGUUUGAUUACUUGCAAAAGGAAAGUAGGGACAAGAAGGGCCAAGAACUCAAUACCUCAGGCUGGAUUCGGCACAGCAAAACGCGGAAUGAGAUCCCCCAGCAAAUGAAUGGUAGCGACUGUGGAAUGUUCACAUGCAAAUAUGCAGAUUACAUUACCAAAGACAAGCCAAUCACUUUCACACAGAAACACAUGCCAUAUUUCAGAAAAAGGAUGGUUUGGGAGAUUGUAAACCGUAAGCUGUUGUGAUGUGAAGAUGGAGAUUGUACAGUUGGCUCACACACCAUGAUGAUGGUUGAGCUUUGCUCCCCAGGGAAGACUCACUGAUAGACUGUGGAAAAACUUUCACACCAGCUCAUCUGAUCAGGAACCAGCUCAGCAAUUUCCAUCCCGUUGAAGCCACUAAGUCCUCAGCUGAAACCAGCUGAAGGGAUGUUGCUGGAGCACCAAAUCACUGCCUCCAAGUUCUUCUACAGUUUUCUUUUUUUCUUUUUUUGGUGUCAAACAGCAGCUCAAACACUUUGAUUUGUAUGGCAGAACUGUUUUUGAAAUUACACUUAUGCAAAUCAUACUCUGAGGUGCAAUGUCCAUUACAUGUUUUUGUGUUUUUCCCCUCCUUUUGCCUUUAUGUUUAAAAAAAAAAAAAAAAAA